AUGUCUAAGCCUUUCAAACAAGUUGACGUUUUUACAAAGACCAAAUUUAAAGGAAAUCCAGUUGCAGUCUUCUUCCAAGCUGAUGAUCUUUCAGAUCAACAAAUGGCUACAAUUGCCAAUUGGACAAAUUUAUCAGAAACUACAUUCGUUCAAACCCCAACUGAUCCUUCAAAAGCUGAUUAUAAGUUAAGAAUCUUCACACCAAGUUCAGAAUUACCAUUUGCAGGUCAUCCAACUAUUGGUUCAUGUCAUGCAUUAUUAGAAGCUGGUAUUAUUAAACCUAAUGAUCAAGGAAUUAUUAUUCAAGAAUGUAAAGCCGGUCUUGUUGAGAUUAAUGUUAAACAAGAUGGUAAAAUAAGUUUCAAAUUACCAUAUGCUAAACAUAGUGAGUUUACAGAAACUAAUGAAAUCUUGAAAGAAUUAGGUAUUUCAUCAAAUCAAGUCAAAAGAACAAAUUUAGUUGAUGAUGGUCCAUUAUGGUUAACUUUUGAAUUAAAUUCAGCACAAGAUGUCCUUGAUCUUACUCCAAACUUUUCUGGAAUUGCUCAAGUACUAAAUGCUUCCGGUAAUGGAUCCAUUGGUAUUGAUGUGUUCGGUAAAUAUCAUGAUAAAGAAAGUCUUACUUAUGAGGCUAGAAAUUUUGCACCAAAUGAUGGGGUUGAUGAAGAUCCUGUUUGUGGUUCAGGAUUAAGGUGCUAUUGGUUCUAUUUUAGCUUAUCAAGAUAA